AUGUCACAAUUUACACGCCUCAUCCGCUUUGAGUCUGCAGGAAAGAUUUUAUUCGCAGAUUUAGCUUCUGCUUCGUCUAAGGUACCCUCUCCGGGGACACAGAUCACGGCCUACGCUAGUUUUGAGGAUCUCGUCAAGAAGGAGAAGCCACAGGAGGCAGUUGUUGAUAAGCUUCUUGCCCCGCUGCCAAAGACGGAUCUACCUAUCUAUUGCGUUGGGCUCAACUAUAGGUCCCACGCAAAAGAGGCCAGCCUCAAUAUUCCGGUGAAUCCUCCCGUAUGGACAAAGCCUUUCGCUUCUCUAGCCGCGCCCGAGGAGGAGAUUGCCAUGAGCCGCUAUUGCGCUUCAAACUUUCCGGAUUGGGAGGGUGAAUUAGUUUUCGUUACCUCGAAAGAAUGCCGAGACAUCACACCUGAACAAGCCAACUCCUAUAUCCUUGGAUAUACUGUAGGCAACGAUCUCAGUUGUCGAAGGUUUCAGAUGCCUGAACAAAACGGCGGACAGUUCUACUACGCAAAGGCAUUCGAUAAGUUCGCUCCGAUUGGCCCUGUACUCAUCAGUCCUGAACUCUAUAAGACCGAUGGGACGCAUUUGACCACGCGAGUCAAUGGUCAAGUCAUGCAAAAUGUGGAAAUCAAAAAUGAUGUUGUUUUCUCACCCUCUCAAAUUCUAAGCUUUAUGAGUCAGAGCACAACAAUCCCGGCAUACACAGCAAUCAUGACUGGUACACCAUCUGGAGUUGGUGUAUUCCAUAAACCUAGGCGGUUUUUGCAACAUAAUGAUGUCGUGGAGGUAGAGGUUGACGGCAUAGGCGUCCUCCGCAACAAGAUUGUCUUCCCCGAUGGCCAGGAGUCACCCAUGUGA